UCCAAAAACUAGAAUACAAAACCAAACAGAAACACCCCAUAUAUCACUCAAUUAUUCCACACAGCCACACCUACCUUUUUUUUUCCUCUCCACAAUCCCAAAGCCCAAACCAAAUAAAUCCCCAGAUCCCACUCCCACUCCCACUCCCACUCCCACACCACUCUACCCAACCAAAACUUUAAGUCCAAGUGCCAGCAGCAAAAAGCCUUUCCCACAGCCAAAAACCAUGGUACCCGUACGGGUUCUACUCAUGGUGUUGGUGUUGUUGAACCUCCUAACUAGUAUCACCGCCACAACUAACUCGAACUCCACCCCCACCACUUCCUCAUCAAGCCAUGCAAACGCAAUAUCCUACCCUGAUUUUCAACACCUUAAUAUAAAAGAAACCAUAGCCGAGACUAAAAUCAAGCCUAUAAUAAAUUCCCAAAACCACCAACCCCUUGAUACCCACGAUGAUGAUGAUGAUGAUACCAAGUCCAAGAGUACCGAGAAAAAGUCAUGGAAGCUGAAGCUAGUUCAUAGAGAUGGGAUAUCCAAAGACAACUCCCACGAGCAUUAUAGCCACCGCUUUCGUCAGCGCAUGAAACGCGACAGUAGAAGGGUCACUAGCCUUAUACGCCGCCUAAGUGUCGGCGGAGUGAGUCAUAAGGUGGAGGAUUUUGGGUCAGAGGUGGUUUCUGGAAUGGAACAAGGAAGUGGAGAAUAUUUCAUAAGGAUAGGGGUUGGUAGCCCUCCAAGGAGUCAGUAUGUGGUUAUUGAUUCGGGUAGUGAUAUUGUAUGGGUCCAAUGUCAACCUUGUAACCAGUGCUACCACCAAUCCGACCCGGUAUUUGACCCGGCUGAUUCAGCCUCCUAUACUGGAGUGUCUUGUAACUCUGCUGUUUGUGACCGAGUGGAGAACCGGGGGUGUCAUGCCGGUCGAUGUCGGUACGAGGUCGCAUAUGGUGACGGGUCGUACACCAAGGGCACGCUUGCACUCGAAACGCUGACGUUUGGGCAAACCGCAAUUCGAAACGUCGCCAUAGGAUGCGGCCACAUCAACAAAGGCAUGUUUGUUGGAGCAGCUGGGUUAUUGGGUCUUGGAAGUGGGUCCAUGUCAUUUGUGGGUCAGCUUGGCGGUCAGGCUGGUGGUGCAUUUAGUUACUGUUUGGUGAGUCGGGGCACUGGGUCAUCGGGGUCACUAGAAUUCGGGCGUGGAGCAAUGCCUGUGGGUGCUGCAUGGGUCCCCUUGAUUCGAAACCCACAAGCCCCAAGUUUUUACUACGUUGGGCUAGCGGGUCUUGGAGUCGGAGGCAUGCAAAUACCUGUUUCUGAAGAUGUUUUUCGUCUAACUGAUAUGGGUAAAGGAGGUGUGGUUAUGGAUACGGGCACGGCCGUAACUAGGUUCCCGACAUUGGCUUAUGAAGCGUUUCGAGAUGCUUUUAUCUCGCAAACCUCAAACCUCCCUCGAGCCUCUGGAGUAUCCAUCUUUGACACUUGUUAUAACUUACUUGGGUUUGUAUCGGUUCGGGUACCAACGGUGUCAUUUUAUUUCUCGGAUGGGCCAAUCCUAACCCUUCCAGCAAGGAAUUUUCUUAUUCCGGUGGAUGAUGCGGGAACUUUCUGUUUUGCAUUUGCUCCGUCCCCUUCUUCUGGACCUUCUAUUAUUGGGAACAUUCAACAAGAGGGGAUCCAGAUUUCCUUUGAUGGGGCUAAUGGAUUUGUGGGAUUUGGCCCAAACGUGUGCUAAGUGAAGACUAUAUGAAUUUUGCUAGUCAAAGUUAUAUUCGUAUUAGAAGUAUGUAUAGAAGAAUCAUUUAAGGCAUUAAUAUUAAUAAUGUAAUGUGGGUUUUGUAGAAUGUAAUUAUAGAAUGUGAUUUCCUUUUCA